AUGGCUCAGCUUAAGAGCCUACCUGACGAGCUCCUGCUCGAUAUCGCGCUACGCCUUCAGCCACCCGAUCUCAAAGACCUAGCUCUAACCGCACGCCAGUUCCGCGACAUCCCGCAAGAAGCUCUUCACACUUCCAUUAGUCUCAGGACGCAUUACCAGUCUCUUCCGGAACUCCUCAGAACCUUAGUAAAAAGGCCAGAUCUCGCUAAGAAGGUCCGCUCUUUACAAAUAACGGGAUAUCGUGGUCCUCAGCACGUUUACAGAUCGGCUGUAGGCUAUGAUGACUCCUGGGACCAGGUCGUCACACACGCAAUAAAGUCGACACAUUCUUGGCCUAUCGAUCAGAUGAAGUGGGCUAGCAGAGUCAAAGACGGCGAUCUUUAUGCUUGCAUUGGCCUAUUGCUGGUGUUGACAGAUCAGCUGCAGAAUCUCACGUUCUGUUCUGGAGAUAACCAGGAUUUCAUGACGCCGCCGAGCCUGAGUCUGACGUUCCCUGGCAUAGCCGAAAGGCAUGCUGUUACUGCUCCUGGAUUUACGAGUUCCAUCAUCAUCGAUCCGCUGAUCCCUGCCUCACAUCUUCUGGAAGAGCUGGAUCUAAAGUGCUCUGACACCGGAGAUUCUAAACAGAUCGACUACCUCCGACCAUCGCGAUCGUUGCAACGUUUCACUCUAAUAAAGCGCCUAUCCAUUCCGCAAAGUGUUCUCAUCAACUCAACCCCCUACGAAUGUUCCCCUCUCCAUCCGUUCGAGGCGCUGCCGCCGAAUGUAGAGUACCUUAAUGUGGCUGAUCCGACUACCGCUGUGAUAGAGUGGAUCUCGGGAGUUCUGGAUGACCGCAGCAAGCUGCGCAGCUUGAAAAGAAUAUCUCUCGAUUUCGAUAACGACCCGAAGCAGCGAGUAAAGGACUACAAAGAGGCUGGAGUGCAGAUUUUUGGUCGGCUGCUGGAGGCAGGCAUAUCCGUGCACUUCGAAAACAACAACGUCCCCCAAUUCCUAUUCCGCACUUGGAGCAGCAAAAGUGGCGGAGGACCAGAACUCGCGACUAACAGCAUCAAGGAAAUCAUUCCGCACGGCUUCAUGAAGGAAGCGCCAGAAAGGACGUUCUACGAGAAGCCAGAAAGUGAGCUUUACAGAAUGGUGGCAACGCAUUAUGGCAACGAUAAAAGGCCUUGGCUCAGCUCCGAGUUCAGCUCAUGGACUGGGUCCAUUCAUCUAGCGCUCUACUAUGCUAAGUCCAUAGACGCAAAGCACGACCCCCACGUCGCUGUCAUCGACACACGGCAGCUGGAUGGAGAGGUCCUCGUAUGGCAUGUUCCGCACCUAUAUUACGAGGGUGGGCUUCAUGAGUACAUGGCCCAUGGCUCCAUCAGAGGCAUUGGAUACAAGGCAGUAUCGUACAAGACGUUGAUGUCGGCUGGUCUGGCGAAUGUUUUUCCCGAGCUAGGGGUAGUGGAGGGGGAUGAACUCGACUUCGGCAUUGACUUACGCAAACAGAUGUUCAACGAGCCUCCAAUUCCUUUUCCAGAAGACGAGCUGGAAAACUCUGACGAGAUCAAGCAGAUACGAAACAUCGCGGAUCUUUACGAUCAUCUUUCACUACCGGUAGCGACUAGCUUGAUAUGUCUGAGGCCGAGACCGUGGGUACGCUCGCAGCCUGAGGGUUGGGCCGCAUUGGAACAGGCCGCGAAGCUGUUCGCGGGCGCGGAGCUGCUCAGAGAUUUUGAAAGGGGGAAUUGGCUUCGCGAAGGAGUGGUACUGACUGAGUCUCCCAUGGAUUCAAUGACCUUUCCUGACGUCCGACAGUGGAUCGAGCUCCUCCGAGCUAUCUGUGAACGCGCAGAAUGA